CCAUAAUAAAUUAGCAACAACAACAACAACAACAACAAUAAUGCAGUGAAGUUAUGUCGUUUACAAUGUUAUAAUAACAUACGAAUAAAUGAUACUCAUCACAUUAUCGCGAAUAGAGUGUAGACACUAGACGCAAUAAACCAGAUUUCGCAUAAUGACGGACGUGAAUACUGCGACAGACACCAGCACCCUGGAGAUAGACGACGGCGGCAACGGCGAAAAUAGCAAACGUUCCGCCGCUCGUUUGUUGUCCAGGUCACUGAGCAAGAUCAGCAACGCAACGUACGACACAAAGAAGAACAUGGCACAGCGCAUGAUGGACAUCGCGCUGCUCACAGCCAACGCUAAUCAGCUCCGGUACAUAUUGGAGUUCCGUGGGAAAAAUUCUACAAAUUUCGUUCUACUGUUGGUGCUGAUCGCGUGCAGUCUCAUAUUACAAGUGUUUGUUGGAACUGUUCUCAUAUUCAAAGGUCGCAUGACCUGCAUCAGUAGCAGCACGUCCAUAGACAAGAGUUCGUCUAACGAGGUUACAAAGAUGGAUAACAUCAAAUUAAACAACUACGUAGUCCUCGGAGUAUUUCUUAUAACUGUCAUCAACAUAUUCAUCGCAGCGUUUACAGGAGCACCGAAUUAACAUUAUACUUAACAGAUUAACACAAUAUGGUAGCACACUGCAUACCACCAACAAAAUUUUAUCUAUACUGCAGCACAGCAGUAGGUAGUAUCCGAUCCGUAAUUUUCAUAAUUAUAAAAAUUUGUUGAAUAAUUAUUAGAUAAGAGACAUCCACAUUGUAUGGCACAACUUACCAACAAAUAUGUAA